AUGGCGGCCAACGAUAGAGCGUUUGCCUCCGGCACAUCUCCCAUCGCGGACGUACGGAGGAGAAAUGUCCCCGGCUCAGAGAAGAAUAAUGCGAACGUUCCGAUUCCAAGUAUCGAGGUCGACGGGAAGAAGUUGACGGAAAAGUCUCCUUCCUUCUGCGAGAUACUUGACGAUCUGGAAGUGUUCAUUGCUCCCUUGAUUUUCACUGCCCUUGCCUGCUUCACUCGUUUGUGGCGCAUCGGUCUCUCGGAUAUCGUGACGUGGGAUGAAGCCCAUUUCGGGAAAUUCGGCUCAUACUACAUAAAACGAGAAUUCUACUUCGAUGUCCACCCCCCGCUCGGUAAAAUGCUCAUUGGACUAUCAGGUUUCCUGGCUGGUUAUAACGGAUCCUUCGAAUUCAAGUCUGGCGAGAAAUAUCCAGAGGAAGUCAACUACACUUUCAUGCGUAUCUUUAAUGCAUUCUUCGGUAUCGUUUGUAUUCCGCUGGCCUACUACACCGCUCGAGAGUUGAAAUUCCGCCGUCCCGCCGUUUGGUUCACCACUUUGAUGGUACUUUGCGAAAACUCGUAUGCCACAAUUUCGAGAUUCAUCCUUUUGGACUCUAUGCUUCUCUGCUUCACCUUCACCACUGUUCUCUGCUGGGCACGAUUCCACCGACUUAGACACCAGAGCUUCUCUCCCGAGUGGUACAUUUGGCUUAUCCUGACUGGUUUGAGCAUUGGAUGUGUCUGCAGUGUCAAAUGGGUUGGUUUUUUCUGUACCGCAUUGGUUGGACUUUACACGAUUGAAGAUCUCUGGCACAAGUUCGGAGACCUAAAGAUGCCAAAGACGGUCCUUGCUCACCACUUGGGAGCUCGCGUUUUCGGUCUCAUAAUUGUGCCAUUCAUGGUGUACAUGUUCUCCUUCUACAUCCAUUUCCUCGUCCUCGAAAAUUCCGGUACCGGCGACGCCCAGAUGAGCUCCUUGUUCCAGGCCAACCUGAGGGGUACAAAUGUUGGAAAGGACAGCCCUCUAGAGGUUGCCAUCGGAUCAAAAGUCACCCUGAAGAAUAUGGGAUAUGGAGGUGGUCUAUUGCAUUCUCACGUUCAGACUUAUCCCGAAGGUUCAGGCCAACAGCAAGUCACCUGCUACCACCAUAAGGAUUCCAACAACGACUGGUUCUUCUACCCAAACCGCUCGCAGCCGGAGUAUGACCCAGAAGGCCCAAUAACUUAUAUCGGUGACGGAGACGUUAUCCGCCUCAUCCAUGCCCAAACUGGCCGCAACUUGCACUCUCAUGCUGUCCCGGCUCCAAUCACCAAAUCCCAAUAUGAAGUAUCUUCCUACGGAAACACCACCGUUGGUGACGCGAAGGAUCACUGGACCAUCGAAGUCGCCAAAGAUGUCUCAUCCAGGGAUAGAUCGAAGAUUAGAACCCUAACUACCGCUCUCCGUCUGCGUCACACCGUCUUGGGUUGCUACCUCCGAGCUGGCGGCGUGAGCUUGCCUCAGUGGGGUUUCAAGCAGAUCGAGACUACUUGCACCAAGGAGAACAGACCCUGGGAUGUGUAUACUCACUGGAAUAUUGAGUCACACGUGAACGAGAAACUUCCCCCAAGUGAACCCGGUGCCUACAAGUCGCCAUUCAUCAAGGACUUUAUUCAUCUGAACGUUGCAAUGAUGACAUCUAACAAUGCUCUUGUUCCAGACCCGGACAAGCAAGACGAUCUCGCGUCGAAGUUCUGGCAAUGGCCAAUCCUCAACGUCGGACUUCGUAUGUGUUCUUGGGACGAUAAUGUUGUCAAGUAUUUCCUCCUUGGAAACCCGCUCGUCUAUUGGGGUAGCACCCUGAGUCUCGGUGUUUUCAGUCUGAUCAUUGUCUGGUAUGUGCUUCGCUGGCAGCGCGGUUAUGACGAGCUCGCCAUGAACGACAUCGAACACAUCCACUACUCUGGUGUUUACCCGCUCGUGGGCUGGUUCCUUCACUACCUUCCCUUCAUGAUCAUGGCCCGUGUCACCUAUGUCCACCACUACUACCCGGCCUUGUACUUCGCUAUCUUGACCAUGGCUUUCUGUGUCGACUGGUUCACCCAGAAGCUUAACCGAAAGGUCGAGUGGGCCGUCUACUGCGUUCUCUACGCCGCUGUUAUCGGAUUAUUCAUCGUUUUCAAAGAUAUCGUGUUUGGAAUGGAGGGGUCGAACGAGCAAUGGAAGAGCCUUAACUGGUUGAGCGGUUGGAAGAUCGCUAACCGGUAG